AUGUCUCUUCGCGUGUACUUGUUGCAACUGGUGGCAUUUUUGGAUUUAUUGGCGGUUGGCCUGAUCGUUCCUUUAUUGCCAAACCAUGUCAGACAGAUGGGAGGAAAUCAUAUAUAUGUCGGUUUGCUUGGUUCUAUAUAUUCUGGAUGUCAGUUAGGAUCUGGCCCUCUUAUAGGCAGCCUUAGUGAUAUAAAAGGUCGUAGAACAAUAUUGAUGAUGACAUUGCUGGUGUGUGCAGGAGCAUAUACAUUUUUAGGAAUCACUACUUCAAUUGCAGUUAUUUUAGUUUUAAGAGCAAUUUUAGGCUUAUUUAAACAGACUCAGAUGUUGACAAAGGCCCUAGUACCAGAUUAUGAAAGUAAUCAUCUAAAACAAUCUGUUAUAUAUGGUAAAAUGGCUGCUAUAUCAGGCAUUGGUAUAACUAUGGGACCUGUUAUAGGAGGGCACAUAGCAGAAGACAAUCCUGAACAUGGUUUUUUGUAUAUUUCUCUUAUUGUUGGUCUCUGCUUUCUUAUCAAUGCAGGUAUUGUACAUUUCCUUCCAAAAACCAGCAAAAAAUCUACAAUAAUGGAUGUAAAUUGUGAAGAAAAAACAAGACAAGAUGAAAGUGUUUUGUAUAAAAUAAUGAAUAGCAGCAAACAAUCUGUGAUAGAGUUAUCAAAGAUACCAUGGGCAGAAUAUUGGGAUGUAUUUUUUCUUAAAGCAUUAAUUAGUUUUAGCAUGGCUGUUUAUUUUUCCAAUUACUCACUGUACUUGAAAACUGUGUAUGAGCUUUCACCAAAAUAUAUAGGAUAUGUUAUAUCAUUCAAGGGUGUUAUAGCAUCGUUAUCUAGUUUUUUUAUUGGCUAUAUAAAUAAAUUUUAUUCCUAUGAUAAUGACUAUACAGUGAGAAACUUACAUAUGUUUAUACUUGUAGGUGCAUCAUUAACAGGAAUGAUUUUAGCUACAAGUGUCUAUUGUUAUGUUGCUUGUUUGAUCCCAUUAGCUAUUGGUAGUGCUGUAGGUAGGCUAGUGUCCUUAGAAAUGAUUUUGAUAAGAAGCAAAGGAAAAAAUAGGGGCACGCUUAUUGGAGCUACACACAGUGUGACAUCUUUAUCAGGAGUUAUAGCACCUAUGGUAGCAGGGUUUAUUGGCGAAUAUUUUGGAGUUUCUUAUGGAUUAUAUGCCUCAUUGCUUUCAUCACUACUUGGAAUCGCAUUAAGUUACCAGUACAAGAAGAGCAAAAUCGAAUAA